CGUCGUCUCACCCGCCCGCGAUGGCGUCCUCCGCCGCCGCCUCCCUCGCCACCGCCUCUCACCGUCAAAGACCUUUGGCGGGGAAUCGCUGGCAGGGGACGCACGGCAUCGAAGAACGCGGUGGCCAUCGUCGAAUUCGACGUGGACAAGAUGAACAGGGCAGGGAUCAGGUUUGGGAGCGCGCCGGAGGGGUCAGUGAAGAAUUGGAUCCACAGCUUCGGGCUGAAGCUGCUCUCGCGCGUGCAGCCAUCGGAGGUGCUGCUCAAGUUGGUGACCAAGGACGUCUCCAUGCUCGAGAUCAUGCGUCCAGUGAGAUGUCACCACAUAUUGCACUGGAAGUGCAUUGCAAAAAUCAACACCUGCAUAUUUCAGGCAUAUGGUGUUGAACUGCACAUUUUUCUUAUCACUAGCCAAAUGUAUUUGGUGUGCCAGUCUUAGGUUAUGCCAAUGUUUUAUUCUAAAUAUUUUAGUGCAAAUGGUUUCACUAAUUAACCAUUUUGUGUAUUUUGGUUUCUAUUGGGUCAGAAGGCUAUAUGCAACUUAGAACGGAAGCCUUUAAUGUAUUGUGUAUUCCACCGGAAAAUUGGCUGCCUUAACAACUUAGGAGUGAUCACAAUUUAUUACAUGCAUGUUUUUUCCAAGAGCUAGGUCUACAAUCUUUCCUUUUUUGUUGAGAGCUGGUGGGGUCAUUUGUACGUGAUUCAAACAAAGACGAUUCUGAUGGCGACGAUAAGGGAUUCAAUUGAACUAAGAAAAUCCUUGCUUAUGUUGAAGCAUGUAACUCCUUUCAGAGGAAGCUCAUAUUGGAUGGUUGCUAAGGUAUACCAUUGUAUGUUCAUGGCAUUCGAGUGUUGUGUAAUUAAAUACAAAAUGUAUAUGUUAUAAUGAAUAAAACUGAUAUAAUCUUGCCGUUAUUUCAACUAAU